AUGGACAUAGUUGAGGGUAAUGAUCCUCUUUCUUUAAUUGCCAGAGAAGAAGAAGUUAAAAAUCAAAAGUUAUUAUUAUUAAAAGAGCAAAGAGAAAAGGAACAAAAAGAGAAAGAAUUAAAAGAAAGAGAAACUCUUACUAAAGAUAAUAUAUAUAAAUUAGAAGAGGAAGGUAAAAAAUUAGAGAUAUCCACCAAAGUUCAUAUUCAGCACCCAAAUAUAAGCACAGCUUUAGUUGACCACUCUUCAUCUACAACAAUUAAUCAAGCGAAAAAGAAAAAAUGGAUCAAUAGUUUUUGUAUAGUUAAUUUUGAUUUAGAAAUUGGUCAAGUUUUGGAAUAUAGCUACCCACAGGUUAAUUUUAAAGAGGAGGAAACUACAAAUUUAUGUUUUUUAUCAUUUCCUGAUUCAAAUUCACAUUUACAAGGAGAUAUAAUCUAUUCAUUCAGGUUAAGGGAAACUACAACUAAUAAUGGAUUUGGAUCAUUUCAAUAUGGUUAUGUAUUUUUUAAACAGGUUAAAGAUGCUUCAAUUUCAAGAGGUUAUUUACAGAAAUCAGUUGUAUUAUUAAGCGAUGAAUCAUUUGUAGGUUUAUUCAAAAAAGUUAUGGAAAUUGUAGGGCCACUCUAUUUCGAUCAUGGUAAUACAUUAUUGGAGGUAGCAUAUCAAAAUAUAAUGGGUUGGCCAGAACUAAAGCUAGGUCAAACUUACGAAUUGCCAAUCUUGGGAUAUAUAUUAACAUUUCACGUACCUCAUACUAGAGGUACUCCACACAUCAUCGAUCCAGUCGUCAAGCAACACAUCGGAAGUGCCUCACAAUCCCCACUUUGGAGUGAAAUGAAGUUGGUCAGUAAUUUGAAAUCAAUUGAUAUCUAUGGUUGCUUUAAAAAUUUUACAACCAAGCUUUGGAUGCUCUGGGAGUUAGUUUUAUUAGGUCACCCCAUAUUAGUAAUUUCACCAAAUCCUCCAAUGUGUUCAGACAGCGUUUUAGCAUUAGUCAGUUUAAUAUCACCAUUGUUGUAUUGCGGUGACUAUAGACCAUACUUUACAAUCCACGAUACAGAUUUUCACAAAUACACUCAAUACUCUAAUAAUCCGAACAGCGCCACCGGUGAUGGCUACGAAACAAAUAAUAUACCACCAUCAAUUUUAGGAGUUACAAACCCAUUCUUUUUGAAAGCUUUAGGAAAUUGGCCAAAUAUUUUGACUAUAGGUACUUGUCAAUCUAGAUUAGGUGGCUUUAAAAAAAUUAAAUCUUCUUUACCAAACAUUAUGUCAAAAGAUAUUCUUAGUCGUCACGUAUUGGAUAACAAAGAGAAAAUAAUUUCAGAAUAUAAAUGCCUCACUUCCCCAGAUAAAACCAUUUUAAAAAAAAUAACUGUUUCAGAAAAUACAGACGAAAAUGCCAUAAAUGAAACUUUGCGUACCUAUUUUUUACAAUUAACUCAAAAAUUUUUAAUACCAUUGGAAAGAUAUUUUUCAUCAUUAUUACCGCUAGCAAAAACCAUAUCAAUUUUUCAAAGACCACCAAGAUUAAAACCAUUUGAUAGAGAGGAGUUUAUAAGAAGAAUAACAGAAAGUGAUGAAAGAUAUAUUAUCGAUAGUAAAUCAAAAGAGAUUGAACUUUAUAAACAAUUUUUAGAUUCUGUAAACUUUAAGCAAUGGUUAGACGAUAAAAGAGCUGAAGCAAUAAGACAUUUAAAUAUUUUAUAUAGAAAAGCAAUUUUGGAUGCUGAUAUUCAUUCAUUGUUAAAGGGUAAACCGAUUUCAAUAGCAUAUGAUCUAUGUAAAAGAGUUGAGGAUCAAUUGAUAUUAGAAGAAAAUCUUUUCCAAACAUCAAAUGAAAUAAAAGAUAAAUUUAAAUCACAUAUAGAAAUAGUACGAAAAUAUAUUAAUAGCUCAAAAUAA